AUGCUCUCACUAUCGCCUGUCUGAUCUGCCGUGUGCUGUGGGAAGAUGGAGCAGGGUAAGGGGUCCCUGCAAGAGGAAGCCUUAAAGAGAAAAGAAAGACUGAAAGCUCUCCGGAAUAAGCAGCUGCAGAACAGAGAACCGGAGGAUGGUGAGCCUGAGAGUAAGCGUUCUCCAGAAGAGAUUGAGGAGGUGAAGCACAGGGAGCUGAAGCUGCGGAACUACACCCCCGAGGAUGAAGAGCUCCGGGAGAGACAGGUGCCCAAAGCAAAGCCGGCCUCAGUGGAGGAGAAGGUGAGGGACCAACUGGAAGCAGCCAAUCCGGAGCCAGUGAUCGAGGAAGUGGACUUGGCUAACCUUGCUCCCAGGAAGCCGGACUGGGAUUUGAAGAGAGAUGUGGCUAAGAAGCUGGAGAAGCUUGAGAACAGGACACAGAGAGCCAUCGCAGAACUGAUCCGAGACCGUUUAAAGGGCAGUGAGGACGACCUGGCUGCAGCAGUGGGAGCAGUGAGAGGGCAUGAGGGGGAUUCAGACUGGUGAUUCUGAUCCAGUCAUUACUUGUGCCACUUAUUAACAAAGUGCUGCAGCUCCAUUCAACUGAAACACACGGGGGGGGGGGGGGGUGCAGAGGAAUGCAUCUAACGCCCUGUCCCAUUCGGUCCUGUUCUCUAGUCAAAUCUAGUUGUUACAGUACUUGCAACAAAGCAUAAGGUGAGAAAUAAUAUUACGUUUUAAUUUGGAGUAAAUUGGUCUGCAACAUAUCAACCUUUGUGGUAAACAGCAUUGACAGGUAUGAAAUGUUUAACUUUAAUACAGUACGUUACACUGUAUCUAUACAUUGCAUACCGUUACUCAUCAUGAAUGUUGACUUGAAACAAGUUUGAUAUCUGUUGCCUACCAGUUUUGAGAAAAUGUAAAUGUCACCACUGAGAUGUAUUUAUCAACAUUUCAUAUGCCCCGCUUUCUAAGGCCUGUAUCCUUGGUCCUGUAAAAAACAGCGCAUGGCACUUGUAUACAUAUAUGUUGCGGGGUGUGUGUACAUCCAGGUUUAUACCAAACAGUAGUUACAUCUUUGUAUGUUUUAUAUAUCAGGACCUUGCGCUGAAAGCCUUGUUUUUUACAGUUCUAGCUGUACAUAUUUUUUUGCAAUAAAACCUUUUAAAAAUA